AUGUCAGAUAUGUGGGAGUUGUCAGAUUACGAGCCUCGGCUUCCUGUUUCGGAGAAGUCCAACCCCCUGACGUGUGACAUCGACAGAGCGACGCCCAAUCAGAUCGUCAAGCUGCUGGAAGCGUGCGAUGCCCAGAUGUUUCAGGAGGAGACGGGAUCAGUGUACCAGAGGUUCUUCAGUAAUAGUAUCAUCCAGACAAUGUUGGAGGUAUCCAAACAGGUGGAGAUCAUUCUGAAGGACCCAGAGGACAGUAUUGUAGUUCUAAGUGGCUGUGGGACCUCAGGUCGACUAGCCUACCUUCUGGCGACUUGUUUUAACAGAGCCCUGAGAGAGCAGAAUCAGGAGCCUCAGUACUGCUACAUCAUAGCUGGAGGAGACAGAGCUCUUCUCACCUCUCAGGAGGCCCCAGAGGACAACCCUGAAGUGGGCAUGCUCAGUCUGAUGAAGCUCUGUGAGGGGAAGAGGCAUGUCUUGUUCAUCGGCAUUUCCUGUGGCCUCUCUGCUCCUUUCGUGGUGGGCCAGCUGGACUUCUGCCUGCAGCAGCCUGACGUCUACAUUCCGGUUCUGGUCGGUUUCAACCCAGUCUGCCAAGCCAGGAAUGAGCCUAUGCCAGGGAGCUCUUUCACCUUCAAGGGUGUGGAGGGUGUGGCUCAGAGGAUGCAGGAAGUCCAGGGAGGUCAAAGGGCAUUCAUCCUAAAUCCUGCCGUCGGGCCCGAGGCCAUCAGUGGCUCCUCCAGGAUGAAAGGAGGCAGUGCCACCAAGAUCCUGCUGGAGACCAUCCUCUUUGCUGCACACAGAGCUGUGUACUCACACACACCCAUCACACACAGUGGUGUGACAGAGCAUCUGAGAAGGUACCAGAAGAGUGUGGAGUUGACGUACAGCCACAGUGAGGACAUCGCUUCACUACUGCAGAGUGCAGGGCUCAGUCUGCAGUGUGCUGGGCGUGUGUGUUACCUGGGCUGGGGAUCCCUGGCUAUGAUGGGGCUCAUCGACGCCAGUGAGUGUAUCCCCACGUUUGGAGCAGACUAUGAUGACGUCAGAGGCUUCCUCAGUGGAGGGUACGAAGACAUGGGGAACACCGAGGGACCCCUGUCCUCGCUGGGUCCUCAGUUCUGCAUCUCCCACAAGGACUUUGUCCGUCUGGUUCUUCCCACACUGACUGAUCAGGACACGGUGGUGCUGCUCUGCUCACACAGUGAUGAUGCUGUUGGCGUGGAAACCAUGGCAGGCAGAGUGAGAGGCAGGACAUCAAGUCUGCACGUUCUCUACCAUGGACAGGAGAAUGGCACUGUGCCUGACAACCUCAGUAGCCUGUGUUCCUCCACACUUAACAUCCGCUGGCCAGGGUCUUCCUGUGGCAGCAGCCUACACAUGCAGUGGGAGCUUUCCACAAAGCUUGUGCUAAAUGCUGUCAGUACAGGAGCUCACAUUCUGAGGGGAAAGGUCUACAGGAACCACAUGAUCGACCUGCAGGUGUCCAACAGCAAACUUUACCACAGAGCCAUUCAGCUGCUGCAGAAGCUGUCUGGUUGUCCAGAGUGCCAGUGUGAGACAGCUCUGCUGAAGGCUCUGUAUGACACAGAAGAUCUCCCCACCCACAUUCUCUCUGCCUCACUCACCACACACACGCUCACAGCCAGCCGCAGGAGCAAGGUAGUCCCUCUGGCCUUGGUCUGUCUUCUGACUGGUUGUUCCCUGACGGAAGCCAAGUCCCACCUGGAUUCCCGGCCAGUGUUGCGUGAGGCUGUGGAGGUGUGCCAGGCAUCCUCACCUUUCGGCAAGCCAUGACGUCAGGAACAAGGAAGUGAAGAUCGAACUGGCUUCUUGUUUACCCUUGUUGAACCCAAAAUAAAGAAACGAAAACAAAAUAAA